AUGGCACCAAAAUUUGGGGGGGGGGCAGUAUUGUCUGCUGGGCAUGGUGGCUCAUGGGAGUGGGAAGCAUGGGCGACAGGGAAAGAAUAUGGCAAAGCUGAUGCGAGAUGGCUUUAUUUCGAUCCAACCAUUGUGUCUGUGGAAAUUCUGACUGUCGCCCUGGAUGGGUCUCUGGCGUUGUUCCUCGUUUAUGCCAUAGUCAAAGAAAAACAUUACCGGCAUUUCCUGCAGAUCACCCUGUGUGUGUGUGAGCUGUACAGCUGCUGGAUGACCUUCCUCCCAGAGUGGCUCACCGGGAGCCCCAACCUCAACACCAGCAACUGGCUCUACUGUUGGGUUUACCUGUCUUUUUUUAAUGGUGUGUGGGUUCUGAUCCCAGGACUGCUACUUUGGCAGUCAUGGGUAGAACUCAACAAAAUGCAUCAGAAAGAAACCAGUUCAGUGAAAAAGUUUCAGUGAAUUUUCAAAACCAUAAACACCA